AUGUUUUCAUCAAGGCUCUAUGGCCUUAGUAAUGAAUUAAUGAUAGGGGGUGGACGUUUGUUACCAUCAUCGACUAUGAUGGUUCAGAUUUCGAGAACAAAUAAAAUCGCAGCCUUUAACCCCUAUAGUAUCCGUCUCAAUAGUACUAGUAGCAAGCUAGCUUCAAAAGGUAAAAAUGAGCAGGCAAAAAGUUCACUUUGGAUGAAAGUAAAACAUGAAGCUAGUCACUAUUGGAAUGGUACUAAAUUGUUAGGAUUCGAGAUCAAGAUAUCUUCAAGGUUACUGAUGAAAAUGCUAGCGGGGAAUUCGUUGUCUCGUAGAGAAAAUUUGCAACUGAAGAGAACGACAAAAGAUGUGGUCAGACUUGUUCCAUUUUCUGCUUUUGUAUUGAUCCCAUUCGCUGAGCUAUUGUUACCAAUAGCUUUGAAACUAUUCCCAAAUCUAUUACCUUCAACAUAUGAAUCCAAAAAGGAUAAAGAGUCCAAGUUGGAGAAUUUAAGGAAAACAAGAGAAGUGGUUACUGAGAUUAUUAGAGAAAAUAAGUCCCAUUUCAAGCCAAUUGGGAUAUCUGAUAACCAAAAGAAGAUUUUCAAUGAUUUCUAUACACAUGUGAGAGAAACGGGAGAACCUGAAUCAAGAAAACAGCUUAUAGAAGUGGCAAAAUUAUUCACUGACGACACUGUCCUAGAUAACUUGACACGACCCCACUUGGUUGCAUUAGCAAAAUAUAUGAACAUUCAACCAUUCGGAAAUGACGUUAUAUUGCGUUAUAGAAUCAGAUAUAAAAUGCUAGAAUUGAAGAAAGAUGAUUUUUCCAUCUUUUAUGAGGAUGCUGAAAAUUUAACACCAGUAGAGCUAAAAAAUGCUUGCGCUUCUAGGGGUAUUAGAAUCAAAAAUGUCAAUGACUCCACUUUAAGGGACAAUUUAAGGCUGUGGCUCAAUAUGAGAUUGAAAGAUAAAAUACCGUCUACCUUACUAAUUCUAGCAACUAGUUAUAACUAUGGCGAUGUCUCUUCUAAAAAAUCGUUGUACGACUCAUUAUGCGAUGUGUUGAGCGGGCUACCAGACGAGCUGUAUCACGAAGUGGAAGUGAAUGUUGUAAAUGAAAAUACUGUGACUGCCAAGGAGAAACUGGAACAGCUGAAGGAACAGGACGAGAUCAUGAAGGAAGAAGAGGAACAAGAAGGUGAAUCUGUUGUCAGAGUAGAAGAUAAACUAAACCUAGACGAAGUAGAUCAGUCUCAUGGCACCGACCAGAGGUUGCUUGAUACAAAGUCUAAAGACUCCAAGACUAUCAAUGGAGAAUGA